UGUCGCGCCACCACUGCGCGUCCACACCCACUGCUCCACCCAAUACAGCAUCGCGCAACUGACACGAGUACGGUGGUCGUGAUGUCAGAAGCCGCCGACAUCACAUCUUCAGCGCCGCGGCGCAGAUCUGGACGCGUAACCAAAAAGCCAGAGCAAUUCCACCCCGAAACCAGCCCGGCCGGCAGCGCAAAGCGGAAACGGAGCGAGGAGAACGACACUGAUACCGAGCGCGAUGAGCCCACCUCCGAGGACGAACCGUCGCAAAGCAGCGAGGGCGAGCCUGAUGAGGAGGAAUUGAGGGAGCGGCGUCGAACCAAGAAGCGUGCUCCUGCCGCCAAAAAGCCUCCGCAGAAGAAACCUAAGACCAAUGGCGAGAUUGUUGGCCUUGCGAUUCGACCCGCGACGAACGCGCCGAAGAAGCCCAAGAAACCGCGGAAAGCGCCUAUUCGCAAGAGCGCCAUCGUCGAGGACGCUGAUGGGGGGCUGUAUGCUGAAAUCUUUGGAGGCGGAAACAGACCGGAGGAUGUCGCGGCGGAAUGGGUUUCCAGAUUCCACGAGCAUGAAGCGAAGGCCGUGGCCGAACUUGUCAACCUUGUCAUUCGGGCUUCUGGAUGUCAUCUUCAGAUCGAUGAAGACGAUAUCGGCGACCCGGAUAAUUGCCCAAAUAGGCUGGCAGAGAUCCAAGAUGAAUACGCCGGUGAGCAAGUCACCGACUAUCCCCUCGAGGGGAAAUCGCGAGGCGCUGUCGCCUUCAGGAACGCGCUGCACGGCUUCUUCGUUGUCCUUAUACAGACUAUUGCACGGACGGGGCUUAUGUACGAGAACAACCAGCUCAUCGAGAACAUACAGGUGUGGAUCUGCACCAUGUCCUCUGCGACAAAUCGCCCGUUCCGACACACAAGCACUGUGGCCGCAUUGGCCGUCACCACGGGGCUGGCGCAAGUUGCAAGCGACCUGGCGGAGAACGCGGCCAGGAUGAUGCGCCAGAAAGAGACGGAGGCUAAGAAGUCGCGCGCGAAUAAGUCGCGUAUCUCGACAAUUGACAAGGAAGUCGCGGAACUGAAUCAGAAACUGGAGCACGUGGAUGCGCUUAUUACCGACUGGUUCGACACUGUCUACGUACACCGGUACCGCGACGUGAUGGGCGUGAUCAGGGUUGAGUGCUGUGACGCCAUCUCUGAGUGGAUUAUGACAUAUCCCGACAAAUUCUUCGACGGAACACACCUCCGCUAUCUAGGCUGGAUUCUCUCGGAUACGAGCCACGAGACGCGCGCAGAAGUGUUGAAGCAGCUUUCGAAGCUCUUCCGCGACAAGGACAAACUUGCCGGGCUGAAGACUUUCACGGAGCGCUUCCGACCCCGCAUCGUCGAAAUGGCCACACGAGACGCCCAAACCAACAUACGGGCUGCCGCGGUGGAGCUGCUGGAUAUUCUGCGAGAAGCUGGCUUUUUGGAGCCUGACGACAUCGACACUGUAGGAAAACUCAUUUUCGACUCUGAACCGAAGGUCCGCAAAUCGGUUGUGGGCUUCUUCGCGGAGAACGUCAGCGCCGCCUACGACCUCAUAAUAGACGACAUGGGAGGCCAAGAGGCUCUGGAUGAGGCACUCGCUCCUCCAGACGACGACGAAGAAUAUGAAAAUCCUAGACUGGAAUGGCUCAAGAUGAAAUGCCUCGUUCAGCAGCUGCUAGCAUACGACGAAGAUACGGGACUACCUUCGCAGAUCGAGCGCAUCACCCCUUAUGGCGCAGAGCUCGGCCUGGUAGCGGCUGGAGUUGAGUCGCGUUUCUCGCUCGCUGCUCAAGCAUUAUACAACACCAUUCCUGAGGUCAGGUCUUGGGAAGUGUUAGCGGGCUAUUUGUUGUACGACCAUUCGCAAACUUCCACAAAUGCCGCGGGCGAGGACGCUGAGAUGAUGCUCCGACAAAAUUGCAAGCUUGAGGAGAACGAAGAGACAGCGCUCCUCGACGUCCUCAAUGCUACCGUAAGGAUGCGGCUACAGCAUCUAGCCGAGGCACAGAAAGACAAGAAGAAAACGAAAGCGCAACGCGAAGCACUGAAGGUGGAACAAGAAGAUACUGCUAAGAGGCUCACGGUUUUAAUCCCUCAACUGCUCAAGAAGUUCGGCGCCCUGCCAGAAGCCGCUGCCUUGUGCCUCAGGCUCGAGCGAGAGCUCAAUCUUGAUGUUUUUCAAGAGCUGCGCCAAAACACAUCACUAACAGCGUUGCUGGAUGAUAUCAACAAGCAAUUUCUUACUCACCACAACGAACGCGUCCUCAGCGAAGCGAUUGGGUCCAUACUACACGCCCAGGGCAAUGACGAACUUAAGGAGCUAGUUGGAAUCAAGAUCCAGGCACUGUGGGACGACUUGAGCGGCACUUUCGAUGCGCUUCGCCGCGGCAGAGAUUUCUCAGUUCGCGGAAACAUCGAGCAGAACAUCCUAGCGGGCGUGUCCAACAUCGUCCUGAAAAUGUCAGAGCUAGCCAAAGCCGCGGAACCCACCGUUCUGGACCAGAUUGCCGCACCAACCAAGUCGAGGAAGCAAAAGGAUGCAGCGCUUACAACACCGCCGAUCUCGUCAUUGCUUCGAAUCUUAGACCGGGGAGUACCAAGCGCGGAUACUGACGCCGAAACGGACGAGGCGGAAGACGCACUUGUGCGGCAUACCAUGUCUUUGAUGCUACUCUACUUCCUAUGGAAGUGCAGACACUUUUCAACAAGCAUCGAGGCAGGCACGCGAAUCGUCGACAAUCACCUUACGGCUGUUGCGGAACGGAGAGAUGCGUGUGUCAUGGCACUGAUGCGAAUCAUGGAGAGCAGGAAGGGCGCUGAUGAGCUGAGGGUUGAAGCAGCGAACUUGCUGCUUGAUGUGUACACCAUGUUCCGCGCUCUCAAGGCUAUGAAGGCGAAGACGAGCAAAGCCUCAAAGCGGCCGAAUGGGCGCGCCGUCGACGAGUCGAACGACGACUGGGAGGCACUCUGCCAAGACAUCGAUGAGCCUACAUCUAAGCUCCUUGCUCAAAUCCUCACCGCCUUGGAGAACAACCUGGCGAAGCGCACCCGCAAGCGUCUGGAAGAACCCGACGUGGAUGACGAUCCCAUCGACCCGGAUGAGGAGCCGGAAAGCAGCGGCGACGAAGGCGACGACGACGAAUCAAGUCAGAAGCAGGUGCGCGCACUGUUGGCUGAAGAGCGACUCUGCACGUUCGGUAGCCGCCUCGUGCAGGGCGUCCAAGCGGGCACGCUUGAUUCUGACGGCAAGAACGAUGUUCGGAAGCGCUUGGAGAGGAACAAGACGAAGUUGACACACACUUGGAAAGAGGUGGUCGGCCAUCUAGACAUCAAUAAGUUCGCCAAGGGCAAAGGUGGGAAGAAGGCCCAGCCUAUCAAAGAGACCGCGAAACCGACUAAGAGCAAGGAGAUUGUCAUCGAGGAUGAGGAGGAGGAAGAACAGGAGCAAGAGGAACAGAGAGAUCAGGAUGAGGAGAUGGCGGAGGCUGAACUGCAGGUCAACGGCGAAGAGGCUGGCGCGGCUGAGGAGAACGGGGCCGCGCUAGAGUCGCUGGAGCACGAGAGCGUGCUGGGCGAUUGAGCAUCGCCUCGGCGAUAUCUUGUUGAUUCUUUAUUUCAUGCACAUGGUUCGCUAUAGGGAAUUUACGAGACUUGCGGCGGUUAUACCUUUCUGUGGUCUGGGACCAUCUGGCGUUUUCAUGAUGACGGUAUUAUGGCGACAGGCCUUCCCAAGACGGGCAAGGAACGCACUGGAUAGUGAGGAUUUCUUAGAUUCCUACGUAGGUAGUACGAUACGCUUCCUGGCCGCGGGUGUAUGUGGGCAAUGUAAUGGCUAUAGUUCGUG